AUGCCUUCAUCAGUCCCCCCCUCAUUGCCACCAUCUCUCGAAGAGCUAAGCACUAGAGGCGCCACCUCGCUCCUCCUACCCUGGAUCCUCGGCAUGGCGGCUGCCAACAACUCCUCACCGCGCGAGGUAGCAGUGUUCGUACACCAACCCAGCCGGUCCGUAACGCUUGUGGAGGGCUCCCUUGACAUCGAAUCUCUCCUCCGAGAAAUCCCAUCAAAAGAAGGCCCUUUACCCGCAACCAAAGCUUCGAUCGAGUCCUUGCCGCUGGUCCAGGUGUCGGAACCGGGUCUGGAGUGCCCGAUUUGCUUAGCGGAGUACGAGGUCAACGGGGACAUGGAAGUGAAGGAGAUGCCGUGUAGGCAUAAGUUUCACGCUGAUUGUAUCGAUAAGUGGUUAGGGAUCCACGGAUCAUGCCCGGUUUGCCGGUUUAAUAUGCCGGUGGUGGAGAAGAAGGAAAGCCAUGAAACAGGAGGGUGGAGGAUUCACGUGUUCUUUGGUCGGGGGAGGCCGGGUUCGAAUUCGGAGUCGGGUUCGGGGAUGGACGUCGAUACGGGUGGGGAUGAGGACGAGGAAAUGGAAAGUGGAGCUGAUGAGGCGGGUGAUGGUGGCAAUGAUGAGUUGCCAGCUCAGAACAUGUGGAUGUAG